AUGGAAAAUAAUUCUUCAGAUCUGAAAGAAGAAACGACUAUAAAUGUUCGCAAAUCAAACAAAUUGAGCGUGUCAGAGGUGAAGAGAAUGUGGAAUAUUUCAAAAAUAAUCAACGCAUUUCAAACAAAGGAGAGCUGCAUAUUAUUUUGCGAAGAGGAGGGUCUCAUUGCCAGAGGAAGGACUUGCAGGGUGCAUAGACUGCCGAUGGUGCUCUCCAUGACGGGAAAUAGCACCGUCGGUACGUUUAGGUGCCGAAAAGAAUCUUGCCGAAUGCGUUCCGGAAUAUCUCGAUCCACGGGCACCUGGCUGGAAAAUGUUAGAAUACCAUUGCCACAAGUUUUUUACCUAAUGUUUUGCUACGCAUCGCACUGGUCGCAUGACGUAGUAAGGGAAAACAGUAUUGUCAUGGAAUCUAUUUUAUCUAGCGCUACCAUAUGUGACUGGUAUAAUUACUGUCGCGAAGCGGUAGUUUUAUAUCAAGUGGAAAAUCAGGAGGCGGUAGGUAAAAUAGGUGGCCCUGGCAAAAAGGUCCAAAUUGAUGAAAGCAAAUUUGGGAAGAGGAAAUUUAAUAAAGACAGGAGUGUGGAAGGUCACUGGGUGUUGCGGAUGAUUGAGGAUGGGAGCGACGACCUGCGGCUGGAGGUAUGCCCAGAUAAUGUUAGGUCUGCGGAGGUGCUAAUACCCCUGAUUAAGAAGCAUGUUGCGCCAGGAACUACAAUAAGCACAGAUUGCUGGAAGGCGUACGAUGGUUUGGCGAAUCACGGGUAUGAGCACCGAAAAGUGAAUCACAGCGAUUUAGACAAUCCAUUUGUGGCUGCAGAUGGAACGCAUACGCAGCGUAUAGAGUCCCAGUGGCGUGUGAUUAAAAGGUUUUUUGCGAGGAACAACCACAACAAUCCCGAAAACUUCGCGGAUUUAAUUGUUGAGUAUGUUUGGCGGAAAAAUGUGGCCAACACACACGCAAUAAAAUUUAUAUACAAGCCAAACGUGUAUUAA